AUGCAGGUCGUCACGGCGAGCAGAAUGGGGGGGUCGAUGGACUGGCUCUCGAGCUGGACGCCGUGUUGCAGGGCUUCUUAGGGUACUGGCCAGGUGGAGGCACGGCCGGGAGCUGUAACCAGCAGCAGGUUUUUGGUGCAGCUGCUGUCGGUGUUGGUAGCACCGUUGACAUGCGCAUGCAAGCGAUGGCCGAGGACACAAUUGCUGCUGGGACAUGCGACGCAGUCGGGUUUGCUGGCAGCAGCAGCACGAGCGGGGUCGAGGAUCCCAUGCCGUCAUACAUGGACGCGCUGGCAGAGUUUUCGCAGUUCCAGAGCGACCCUUCUCCUGCCGACCCGUUUUUGUAUCAGUGGCUACAAGACCAGCAGCCCUUCGCGAGCGACGCCUCGUGCUUAAGUUAUGAUCAAGGACAAAUCGUUGACACUAGCCAAGCGCUGUACACAUGUAGCCCAGCUGAUUUAUCUGACAGAGGUGCCAAAGAAUACCCACUCUUCAGCAAGCCAACGUAUGAUGCCGCAGUGCCACCUUGCCUAUCCCAUGAUUAUAUUGGAUCUGGGCAGUUUCUUGAAACCGAGCACCUUCGCGAGAAGGGUACGCCCGGUGCAAAUACUAGUUCACUAGAUGAUGUUGAUGUUCCUCAGUCCAGCAGUCUACAGUCUGUACCAUCUGUUGUUUGUACCAAGAGGACUCUAGGCAGGGAUCUUCCUGAUCAGUUGGAAGCGCAUGCGCAAUGCCUUUUCAAGGAUGCUGGCUGGACCAUCAAGCCACGGAAAAGGAAUGACAGGGCUAAGAUGGCAUCCUAUUUCACAGCACCACACAGGGAAGUGGUCCUCAGCUCACUAACCCAGGCCUGGAAGUUUUGUGGGAACAAAUUAUAUGAAGCUUCUCCCGGUUCACAGAGGGGUAAGCAUCCGAUGGAGUGGUCAGAUAUUGAUAAGUUUUGGAAGGACCUCACAGAUACCAUGGAAUAUAUCCAAAAGGUACUUGUGAACCAACAUAAUGCACUCACACUUCUCCAACGGUGGGAGCUUUUGGAUCCUUUCAUUGCUGUCGUGUUCAUCGGUAGGAAAAUUACUGCUCUGCAACAAGGUAGUACUCUCAGAGCUGUUGAUAGUUCAAUCAUUGUUCUCGAUGAAAACAAGAAUAUGCCCUCAGAGAGUAAAAGGAAACAGAAAGCCAGUGACACUUUAACCGCCCGCAAGGUUCAGUCUACUCCUGUGAUCAUGGGAUCUGAUUGUGGAGAACGAGCAGUUGAGAGCUGCAGCAGGAGUCAGGCUGUACCGAGCUGUCAUGUUUUGGAAGGUGGCCAGAACAGGGAUAUUAACCUGAAAAAUGGCUACACACAAGGUCAAAAUUGCGGGGCAAUUGACCGGAAUGAGAAUCACAUUAAUCAAAGCACUGAAACCCAGCAAUUUUACUCAGGAGCAGCGCUCAUCAAUAAUUCGGUGAAAAAAGCAAGGAAAAAGCCCAAAAUGAUAUCGGAUGUUGAUGCAAAUGGAUUAGAUGGGUUGUAUGCUCAAAUACUUAUGCAGCACACUAUGGGGAAUGUAUUUAACCAAGAGAGCAACGUAGCGAUGCUUGACUUUUCUAAUCCAGAAAACAUUAACCUCUCUGGAAAACAUGGUAUUUAUUCGUCUGUUGGCACAUUGAAAAAGCAUUUGAAAGCUGAAUCCAGACCGUUAAAGCUAAAUGGAAACAGCCAAAGCGACAAACCUGGCAUGCUGUUACAUCCAGAGAGCAAGCACAUGAGCAUGCUAAAGCGCGAUGGUACUAUUAAAGAACCUUUGGAGCAUCCAACCUCAGGACCUGAUUCUGAUGCAAGGGAGUCAGGUGCCAAUGAAACCACCCCUAUAGAAUUGGUCCAGAAGAACAUACCUUCAGAGAGCAACCAAAUGAUUAUGUUAAGAGGUCAGGGUACUCUUAAAGAACCUACCGAGCAUACACUCUCUGAACCUGAUUCUGAUGCAAGGGAGUCAGGUGCCAAUGGAACUGCCCCUAUAGAAAUGGUCCACAAGAACAAGAAGUUACCUUUGGAGAGCAACCAAAUGAGUGUGUUAAGAGGCGAGGGCACUGUAAAAGAACCUACGGAACAUACAAUCUCUGAACCUUAUUCUAAUGCAAGGGAGUCAGGUGCCAAUGAAAAGGUCCCUACAGAAAUGGUCCAGAAGAAGAUACCUUCAGAGAGCAAUCAAAUGAGUAUGUUAAGAGUUGAGGGUACUGUUAAAGAACCUAUGGAGCAUACAAUUUCUCAACCUGCUUCUAGUGCAAGGGAGUCAGGUGCCAAUGAAACUGUUCCUAUAGAAAUGGUCCAGAAGAAGUUGCCUUCAGAGAGCAAGCAGAGUAUGUUAAGAGGUGAGGGUACUGCUAUGGAGCAUAAAAGCCCUGAACCUGAUUCGAAUGCAAGGGUGUCAGGUGCCAAUGAGAUCGCCCCUGUAGAAAUGGUCUACCAGGAGUUGCCUUCAGGGAGCAAGAAGAGCAUGUUAAGAGGUGAGGGUACUGUUAAAGAACCUACAGAGCAUACAAUCUCAAAACCUGAUUCUAAUUCAAGGGAGUCGAGUGCCAAUGGGAUUGUCCCUUCAGAAAUGGUGCACAAGAAGUUGCCGUCAUUGAAGGAAUCAUCUCCUAGAACUCCCCCCAAGGACCCCACUAAAGUUUCAGUCGACAAUGCUGUUGCUGUUGAGUUAUCCCUUGAGUCUAAUGCUGCUCCCCUGAAAACUGAUUUAUCUCAAGACUCACAAAUCUGCAAGACGACCGCUGCUAAAAGGAAACCUGAAGGUUGUGAUAAACAUAUCAAGAAAAGACCUCUUGAGUUGCGUAUCCACGACGAUGACCUUUUGAUCACAGCUAUUGUAAAAAACAGGGACGUCGACUCCUACAACAAAUUUGCUGCUAGCCCAGAUUUUUCGGUUGCAAAGUACAAAAAGCUUAAAGGCCAAAAGAGAGCUACCAAACUGCUUGGAAAAGGGGGGACAAACCUAUUGGGUGGGAAGAGAAUAAGUUUGGCACGGAAAACUGUGCUCUGCUGGUUGAUUGCAACUGGCUUUCUGACCGUAAAAGAUGUCAUUCAGUACCGGAAUCUGAAGAGCAAUGAAGUCAUCAAGGAUGGGCAGGUCACCUGGGAGGGCAUUCUUUGCAGAUGUUGCGCAAAAACCUUAUCUGUAUCAGACUUCAAAGCUCAUGCUGGUUGCUGUCUGCCCAAGUCCUCAUUAGGCCUCUUUCUGCAGUCUGGCAAGUCGUAUACUCUAUGCCAGGUGGAGGCUUGGUCUGCUGAGUUAAUGAGCAGGAAAAGUGAUGCAUGUGGUAGGAAAGUCGAGGCGAUGGAUGAAAGUGAUGAUACAUGUGGUUUCUGUGGAGAUGGCGGUGAAUUACUUUGCUGUGACAAUUGCCCAUCAACAUAUCAUGAAGCUUGCUUGUCUGCCCAGGAGCUUCCAGAAGGUAGUUGGUACUGCCAUAAUUGCACAUGCCGGAAUUGUGGGACUCCAGUUAGUGAGAAAGAGGUUUCCUCAUCCUCAGAUAUCUUGAAAUGUGUGCAGUGUGGAGAUGCAUACCAUGACAUGUGCAUUAAUCACGAGAUGCUGCCCUGUGAUGAUAAAAGUUCAAACACAUGGUUUUGCGGGAGAUAUUGUAAGGAGAUAUUCGUUGGACUGCAUAGCCAUAUUGGGACAGAGAAUAUUAUUGACAAUGGGCUUUCAUGGACCAUAUUGAAGUGCUGCAGUGAUGGUCGGAGGCUACAUUCUGCCCGGAAGAUAGCCCAUAUGACGGAAUGUAAUACAAAAUUGGCAGUGGCUCUUACUUUACUGGAGGAAUGUUUCAUUCGUAUGUUUGAUCCUCGAACUGGUGUAGACAUGAUACCACAUGUCUUGUACAAUAAGGGAUCAAACUUCGCGCGCUUAGAUUAUCAGGGAUUCUACACUGUAAUCCUGGAGAAAGGUGAUGAGAUUUUAUGUGUGGCAUCUAUCAGGUUACAUGGGACCAAAGCAGCUGAGCUGCCUUUCAUUGCUACAUGUGUGGAUUAUCGCCGUAAAGGGAUGUGCCGAAGGCUGCUGGAUAUCAUUGAAAAAAUGCUGAGAUCGUUCCAUGUUGAGAUGUUGGUCCUUUCUGCCAUCCCAGAGUUGGUUAAUACAUGGGUCUCGGGAUUUGAUUUCAAACCUAUCAAGGAUGAUGAGAGGAAACAACUUCGUAAUGUUAAUUUGAUGUUAUUUCCUGGCACAUCCUUGCUAACCAAAAGAUUGGAUGGAACUGUAACUGCAAAACCAGAAAAGGAAGAAGGCACAUGUAAUGUUUCUGUAUUACCUAACGGCAAGUGUUUGCCUAAUGGGAAAGCAAAUGGGCAUCUUGAACUCCAUGACCUUGAACUGCCAGACGAGUUGAAUAAUGAGGCUGCAAUGGAUGGUUCUUUCAGAACACUAAAACGUGAAUGUAGUCCUGCAGCAUGGUUCAAUUCCACUAAGCUAGCUGUUGGUGAAGUGUGAUUUUCUCACAAAAUAAGACAUCCAUACCCUACCCUUGGUGGUCGAUCAGCGUUAGCCAACUUUGUCUUGCUGAACUACGGCGAAAUAAUUACGUUGAAGCCUGCUGCUGUGGUCAUGUAACUAUUUACAGUCCCAAUGCUGUGCCGUGGAUGUUCAUGCACACAAUAACCAGGCAGCAGCAUUUUCCGAGAAGGCGUCAUCAGGGCUCUGUUUUAGUGAAUCAGAGGACAUAGUCAUCCGAGAAAGUUUCUUGAACUGGUUAGGAAACAGUAUAGCAUCUAAAAGAACCCCAAGAAACCACGGCAUGCAAAGCCCUGUUUUGCCCUCCUGAAUCAACCGCUUCCUGACAUAGAGCACGAGACACGUCUGUGCGGGACUCCAGUACCCGAGCUAAGGUAAACUGGGCAUUUGAAGCACAAGGAAAGAUCUGGGCAGGAUGGGAUUGUAAUGCAUGAAGACCCUUAAGCCCUCGCUGACAGGAAGAUCUUUCAUUGGCACAAAAGGGAUACCAUGGAAACAAAAUAAACAUUUGAGCAUUUAACCCUUCAAGGCAGAGAUGGAAGCGGUUUGUAGAGCCAUCCAUCCGAGGGGUUCCAGCUGGA